UCUUAAAUCUUCUUGUACUUUUUUAUUCAGUCAAUGAAGAGGUGUUCUGAAAAGGUCUACAUGUUUUGGUCACUGUUGACACAAGCUGCAGAAAUCCCUUAAUAAAUAACUCAUGGAACUUGAAUCUGGGUUGUUUUUGUUUUUGGUUGGUUGGUUUGUUUGUUUUAAAAGAGGCAAGUUGGAAUUUGAACUCUCAUGAUCUCAACUGUGAAGUGGAAUAACUGUAAUCCAGUACUGCAAUGGAUGUGGAAGAAGAAAUUAACGGGUUUUGCCUAUUUCGAAGUUCAGGAAGGGUCAUUUAUCCACGUUAUCUACUUAAUCCACUGAUGGGUGAUUUUGUCUCUGACUGGUCUCCUUUACAUGAAGCAUCCAUUCAUGGGAGGCUACUUGCUCUAAAGAAACUAAUCAAUCAGGGAGCUAGUGUGAAUUUUAGAACAUCAGAUUGUGUGUCUCCUCUCCAUGAAGCUUGCUUAGGAGGACAUGCUGCAUGUGUCAGUGUCUUAUUAAAACAUGGGGCCAAUGUAAAUGCCACUACUAUUGACUGGAACACACCCCUGUUCAAUGCUUGUGUCAGUGGUAGUGUUGACUGCUUGAACCUGUUACUGCAACACAGAGCCAGCCCACAUGCAGUUUGUGACCUGGCAUCCCCCAUCCAUGAAGCUGCUAAAAGAGGUCAUACCAAAUGUGUGGAAACUCUUCUUGCCAAUGGAGUCAGUAUUGAUCAUAACAUAAAGCAUCUUGGAACUCCACUGUAUGUCGCUUGUGAGAAUCAACAGUUGAAAUGUGCCAAAAAGUUACUUGAGGCAGGUGCAAGUGCAAAUAGCGGAAAAGGCCUGGAUUCUCCUCUCCACAUAGCUGCUCAAACCGCCAAUGUUGACAUGGUCCAUUUGCUCAUUGACUUUGGAGCAAAUACCAGGGCUGUUAAUGCAGAAGGCAAAAAGCCAAUAGAGCUGGUUCCAGCCAACAGUGCACUAAUGCAGAUAUUUCUGCAGAGAGAAGGGCCAUUCUCCUUGAUGCAGUUAUGUCGCCUGUGCAUCCGGAGUUACUUGGGAGUCAAAAAGAAAAAGAGAAUUAGUGAACUUAUGUUACCAGAUGAGCUAAAGAAGUUUCUUUUAUAUCUAUAAAAAGUGUUAUAUUCCUUGCUGAUACAUACUGUGCAAGUUUUACUUCCUAGCAAAAUUGUUGGUACAAUUUACAUUCCAAAUAUCCGAUCAGGAUUUUCAAUAGGGCUAGUUUGUUUACCCCUGCAUAUUUUAAUUGUUAGUUCCUAUUUGGACAUUAACUAAAUUUGAGAACUACAUUAAAAAGAAGUAAAGAUCUUGUAGCAGAAUUUCAAUUCUAUAUGUAGUAGCUGAUUAUCUGAGGUGUGUUAUAAAUGCUUCUAUAGUAAAUAGAAGAUGCCAAGCACAUACAAUACUGUGUUCUGUUAUUAUUAACAAUUUUCUGUGAUAUGGUCCCAUAACUAAUCAACAAAGUAUUGUUGUUAUUAUCAUUUAACAGUUUUCAGGAAAUUAUAUUGUUUAACAAAGACUUUCAGUGUGAUGUUCCUAAGAACUGGUAUGGGCACAAACACUUCCAUGGCAUGUUUGGAUUUCUUGAGUUUAAAAUGCAUAAAAAGGGAAAGUGGGGUAAGUUUCAUUUAGUUUGGGUCAUUGACCUGUAAUUUAAAAACAUUGAAAAGAAUUUUAGUAUGCUAUAAGACAACAGACUAUAGAAUCAUCUUUGUUUAUAAGAAAGCUAUACACAGACAUUUUUAGAAAAUAAUGUCUAGUUCAGUUCUUUAUUUAAACUUAUUCCCAUCCACUCAUUAAAGAACUACAAAAAUAAAUAUGGGAUGAGCCAGAACAGUUGGGAGAACUAGAGACGGUUGCUUCAAAAUAUUUCAUUGGUUUACCAUGUGGUAAAUGGGUGUUUUAUGUCCACCUAAACCAUUUUGUAAAGCACAUGAAAUGUGUUCUGUAGAAGCAAAUAUCCAAUCCAACUCUUAUAAAAGUAACUGCUAGAACAUUGACCAGUGGAAUUCUAUCAACAUUCUCUUACUGAGUUUUUGAGAGAAUUCUUGAGGAAAAUCUAAUGAAAUAACUAUAAACUGCAAUCCAGAGCUCAAAAAACUUUGUUCUUCUGCAUCACAAAGAAUCAGAUUACUCCCCCCCCCCUUUACAUCAAUCACAGAAAAGAUUACUUAGACUCUGUCAAGUGCUGGGAGUGAAUGCUGCCUAUUGGUGUUCUGAAUCUCAAACUCUUUAUUUCAAGGAUGCCACAGAUAAUGAGGUUAAAAGGUGGGUGAAUUCACGGGUUGGGUUUAAGGUACAAUUGGAAUUAUUAGCAAAUUGAACAGAAAAUGGAGUGGUAGUCAGACAAGGCAACUUAUAUAUCACAUUGCCAAGUUAUUAAACUAUGUGAAAAGAUGUUGGCAUCAAACCUAAUGACUGAUAAAAACUGUUAGAAAACUGUCAGCUGCAAGUCUUUUAUGUUGAACUACGAGGGUAUCAAGAAUAGGUCUUGUAAAUGUGGGGCAAAUUAAGGAGUUUUCUGAACAUUCAGUAUUUCUGAAAUAACAAUUUCUCAGGAACAACUGAUAAGGAGGUCUAUUUAAAGAUCUGCUUUUUGUCUGCAUACACACACAAAAGUCUGAAAUUGGUUGGCCAUAGUGUAAUGGGUGAAAGAAUCGCUCAUAUUUUUCUCUAGAUUUUAUUAAUGAAUUUGAUUAAAGAGCCAUGUGGUAGGUAAGGGAAUCCAAUGCACUGAAAAGGUACUAAUCCCUUAAAGGGAAAACCCUCAAGAGGUGGUCAUUCUCAUUGAUCCCUCAAAAUUCAAAGCAAUGUGGCUUACGUACAGCUCAAUUACUGAACUUCUGUUGAGGUAGUGAUUGAGAGAACACAAAAACUGAAGACGAAUGGGAUGAAACAUGAAAGUGGACCUACUGUUUGAAUUAUGAGGAAUAAUUGGGGAACUAAAGGGCUAAAAAAAAUCUUUGUUUAUAUUUACAAUUGCAUUAAACAAACUGAAUUGGUAAUACUGUCUACUGGGCAAUAGAUUGCCAUGUUCAAUAUGAAACAUUUGUUUCAAUAAAUUUAUAUUUUGCCUACUUUGUAACAGUAAAUUUGGGCAGCUAAGAUGCUUAUAACGUCUUUUAUCUCUAUUAUGAAUUAAAAUCCUACUUUCUACAUGCAUUUACUGAAAAAUAUUCCAAAUUAUAACCACAAGGUGGCAAUCUUCCACCAGCUUUGCUGCAGACACUAUCCAUGUGUCAAGUAAUAUUGCACUCAGAUUAAAUAAAAUGCUUUCAGAAGUGAUAAUGUAAACUUUUCUGCUUCGGUGAUCAUCAGACUUCUAGUUCAAGUACAAGUGGAAAAAUACCAGUGAAAGUGAAAGCUUGUUCAACAGAAAACUCUUCCAGAAUAUACUAGUAUCAAACUCAAUUUAAGUCUACUCAGAAAAAAAAUUCUACUGAAUUCAGUGGAUUUACUCUAAUGAACAGGCCAAGAAAUGAAGACUGGAGUUUGACAUUUUAAUUAACUAACCAAUGAUAAAAAAUCCCAUGUUUCUAAAAUCAAGAAUACUGCAAUUCUAGCCUUAGUUCUAUAUUCUUAAAAUGUAGAGCAUACCAUUGCAGAUGGCUGUCACAGGCCACAGAAACAUUAAAAUGUCUAGUGUAGGUAGAGGCAAAUUUAGCAAAGAGGACCAUAAUUAACCAGAAAUGGGUAGGUGGGAAA